AUGGAUCGAAUGAGUGAGCCCAUUACUGGACCAAUGCCUGGUGCACAUGCGGAUUCUCGUGGAACUCAAGAUGCAAAAGACAAGAACUCUGGAAAAGAAAGAUACCGCAGGCCUCUGGGAACCCAAUCAGUGUUUACGGUCGAAGAACGAGCGAAUUUUGAAGUGGACAAGGAAGAUAAUAUGGAUGGACUUGUUAUGGCUAACGCUGUCGACAGCCACGAUGCCGACCUUGCCACGGCACUACUCAAUUCAAUGUUAGAUCAGACCCAAGAAGCGAGUGGGGGUGCUACUUUGAGAUCAAUGGACAAGAAAUCAAUCGAUGGAACUCCGUCUGGUGAUAAUUCAAAUAGAAAGACAAGCAAAAAGAAUGAAGAGUCGAACGGAAGAGACUGGGAACGUUUCAAGCAGAACAAGAGCGUUCGAUUAUGUUGCUACCUUCUUUGCCUCGUUGUCCUUGCGAUUGGCGCUGUUGCGGUUUGGCUUGCCACGCGUAACGACGGUGCAUCCAAUGAACCUUCGUCACAAGCUGUUGGUAUUCCAAAUAAAGAGAUUGAAACGAAUGUGCCUGUCAAUACAGUCACACCAACUCAAGAUUAUGAUGCGAUUGAAAAUCCUUUCAUAAGUGCAUCUCCUUCUGGGCCUCCUACUAGUGCCAACAUUGAGGUUGCAUUUGAUCCACCGUCGGCAGAAGACUGUGCCGCCAUUGCCAGUGGGAAUACAAUACAGGAUCAAGACACAAUGCCGGUACAAAGCUACCAGCUCGAUCUUGAUGCGACGUCAUUUCUUCCAGUGGAUCUGAGCAUUUCGGCCGGUAUCAUUGAGGAUAAACUCAGAGAGUUGAUGGCUCCAGCACUUACUGGAUGCAAUCGAAUUGUUCGAAACUUGCGAUACCAUCGCUAUCUGGAUAGUGGUGCAUUUGCAUAUGUAAUUGGAAAUGUGGCAGUUGACGCUUCUGGAGUCGAAGGAGUACAAUGCUUGGAUGAUUCGAGUCAACGAUUCAUUAAUACCUUUUUCGGAGAUGGUGUUCUUGCUGAGAAACUUGAUUUGUCUAGGUUGUAUCAGAGCAUUAUUGUUGUGAAUCUCGGAUCAAUGGAUCCAACAGAGUCUCCGAGUACUAGCAAUGCGUCUCCUUCAGCAGAGCCGACAAUUACAGUUAGACCAACACCAGCAUCUGAAGCCAGAAGACCAAGCCCAAAUCCAACAGCCAAGCCAACCGCAGAACUAACUAUUCUAACCACGUUUUCUCCCGUUGCAGGCGAAACCCCUCGGCCAACACCAAAUCCGACUCCUGGACUAACAGCAAACCCGACUUCUAGUCCAACACCAAACCCAGCUCCUGAACAAACAGCAAACCCAACUCCCAAACCGACUUCUGGACCAACUUUUUUUCCAACACCUGGGCCGACGCCAGGGCUGACUUUCCCACCAACUCCACCACUGACACCUCCUCAGCCGACAGUUGCUCUAGCGGAUCCCACUCCACCGCCUACACCAUCUCCAACUCCCUUCCCCGCGCUCCAAUCUACUCCUGGAUCAACACCAAAAACCCCAACACCUGGACCGACGCAAAACCCAACUCCGGGACCAACGCGAAACCCAACUCCUGGACCAACACCAAAUCCAACUCCUAGACCGACACCUGGACCAACUUUUUUUCCAACCCCCGGACCCACUGCACCUCCGACACCAGGGCCUACUUUGCCACCAACCUCUCCGCCCACGCUUCGACCUACGACCGCCCAACCUACUCCUAUGCCAACCCCCGCACCUCCGACAGAGACUUGUUUUCAAUCCAAUAGUGAGCUUGUUGGAGCAGUUGACGAGUGGUUUCAAUCUUCCAAGACAAAGGCAUCGGUCGAGCGUCAAUAUGGAACAAUUGGAGAUUGGUGUUUUGGUCCGGGCGUCACCAGUAUGCAAGAGCUCUUCCGCGAUCGCACUAACUUCAAUGAAGACAUUGGAAACUGGGAUGUCUCUUCUGUUGAUGUUAUGUUUGCAACGUUUGAGCAGGCAUCAUCCUUCAACCAAGAUUUGUCGUCCUGGGAUGUUUCCUCUGUCACCAAUAUGGGGUCCAUGUUUAGAGGUGCAGCAACCUUCAAUCAAGACUUUUCACUAUGGGAUGUUUCUUCUGUGAAAGAUAUGUAUUCGAUGUUUUACUUGGCAUCUUCCUUUGACCAAGAACUGUCAUCAUGGGUUGUCUCGACAGUAACAAGGAUGGGUUUUAUGUUCAGCGACGCAAGAGCCUUCAAUCGAGAUGUAUCAUCAUGGGAUGUUUCUUCUGUCAAAACAAUGUCUGCAAUGUUCAGUUGCGCAUCAUCCUUCAAUCAAGAUAUAUCAUCCUGGGAUGUUUUGUCGGUGACAGAUAUGAGUUGGAUGUUCUCGCAAGCAACAUCAUUCAAUCAAGGCUUGUCAUCAUGGGAUGUUUCGAGAGUCACAGCAAUGGAAUACAUGUUCAGGAGAGCAAGUGCAUUCAAUGGAGACUUGUCAUCAUGGGAUGUUUCUUCUGUGACAAGCAUGAGUUACAUGUUCUCAAGGGCAACAUCCUUCAAUCGGGAUUUGUCAUCUUGGGAUGUGUCUUCUCUCACUGAUAUGGGUGCAAUGUUUCAGUUUACAACAACCUUUUAA